CCCGCGGCCGCCGGUCUUCACCCGUUGCUGCUGGCUUGGCUUCACUCUUUUCUCACAAUCUGAUCAAUGGCCAGCUAACAGCCGCAGACAUACGGCAGUUUUAACACAUUAAAAGGACUUAAAGUCAGUGAUCUGUGACACCUGUCAGAGAUGCCGGGCCUCAGCUGUCGGUUCUACCAGCAUCGCUUCCCGGAGGUGGAGGAUGUGGUGAUGGUAAACGUGCGCUCCAUCGCAGAAAUGGGCGCUUAUGUCAGUCUCCUGGAGUACAACAACAUCGAGGGUAUGAUCCUGCUGAGCGAGCUGUCCCGCAGACGCAUCCGAUCCAUCAACAAACUCAUCCGCAUCGGACGCAACGAAUGCGUGGUGGUCAUCAGAGUGGACAAGGAGAAGGGAUACAUUGAUUUGUCCAAGAGAAGAGUCUCUCCAGAAGAAGCCAUCAAGUGUGAGGAUAAAUUCACCAAAUCGAAAACCGUUUACAGUAUUCUGCGACAUGUUGCUGAAGUGUUGGAGUACACAAAGGACGAACAGCUGGAGAGUUUAUUCCAGCGUACCGCCUGGGUCUUUGACGAGAAGUACAAAAAACCUGGAUACGGAGCUUAUGAUGUCUUCAAACAGGCCGUGUCCGAUCCCGAAAUUUUGGAUGGGUUGGAUCUGACAGAAGAAGAGAGAAACGUGCUCAUCGACAACAUUAAUAGACGACUCACACCACAGGCUGUCAAAAUAAGAGCCGAUAUUGAGGUGGCGUGUUAUGGAUAUGAAGGGAUCGAUGCUGUCAAAGACGCUCUGAAGGCGGGACUUAGCUGCUCAACAGAGGCAAUGCCAAUCAAGAUUAACCUGAUCGCACCACCGCGGUACGUCAUGACCACAACCACACUGGAGCGCACAGAGGGGCUGUCGGUCCUCAACCAGGCCAUGGUUGCCAUCAAAGAGCGGAUCGAGGAGAAAAGAGGAGUCUUUAAUGUGCAGAUGGAGCCGAAAGUGGUGACAGACACGGAUGAGACGGAGCUGCAGCGACAGCUGGAACGUUUGGAGCGAGAGAACGCUGAGGUGGAUGGAGACGAUGAUGCUGAGGAGAUGGAGGCAAAAGCUGAAGACUAAAGACUUCAGAGUCAGGAUCCAUAUGAACUGUUUUGUAUGGAUGGGAUUUUAUUUUAGCAAUGCAUUUACAUUUUUUAAAAUAUAUAUAAGCACAGCUUCCAGUUGUGCAGAUGAUUUUCUGAUCAAGUGGCCUUUUUAUAACCCGUCGUAUGAACUACUAAAAUGUUCAUUUAAAUCAUGAUUUAAUGCUCACAUUUCAGAAGCUUAAAUUCUCUGGAAAUGUAAAGUUUAAGCUCUUCCAUUUCAACCUGUCAGUAAACUUCUCGAUGGUCAAAAGUUA